GAAAUUUCAGCCUUGACAUUCACACUCGAAUAAUAUAAAAGUCAACUCUUCACGAGCUUGUGUACAGUUCGAAAAUGAAAUCUUGCGCACUCUUCGUUCUCUUGUUCGUCGUCAUUUUUGCGGUGGAAGCGGCCCACGUUGAUCCUUUCCUUCGAUUCUGCCCUAUCGGAGGGAAGAAACUGGACAAUGGACAAGAAUGGUCGGACAACGAUAGAUGCUUCAAAUAUACUUGUCAAUUGAGAGGUCCCGAAGUCACACUCAAAGUCUCUCAUUGUCCGGUAGAACGUUAUGAUCCAGCCCUGUGCCACGAAAUUUCUGGAAAAGGGGCAUUCCCCGAUUGCUGCCCGAAAAUCGUCUGUAAAAAAUAAAUGAGUUACGAAUGUUCAUUAUUGAUAAUAUAUAAAUCGACUUUUUUUUUGUAUAUCUUUUAAGGAUUGGUCUACAUUUAAAGAAAAUAAACUUUUUAUUGUGAAAAACGAUUCAUUUUCAAAAUAUGGUACAUUAACGUGUACGAAGUUCAUCACAAAAUAAAAUUUAACCGAGUUUUGUAUCAAGAUGUAUGAUCCAAUAGUUAGUUAUACAGUCGACCUCCCUAUAACACUGUUGAUUUUUCCGUUUUAUAUGAAUUCCAUGUUGUAC